AUGGCGAUCCGCAUGACCGUCUCCUACUCCGGCUACGUGGCGCAGAGCCUAGCCUCCACCUUCGGCCUGCGCUGCACCACCGCCGCCGCCGCCGGCUCCGGGGCCGCGCCCGGCGCCGGCUGCCGCGUCCUCCAGGACGCGCUCUCCCGCCCCUUCUGCCUCUUCGCCUCCUCGCGCCGCGUCGAGCAGCACAAUGACGCCGAGGACCACAACCACCCCAAGCCCAAGCCCAGGCCCAAGCCUCUCCCACCCGCCGCCGCCGGGAGCAGCAGCCCCACCAAGGCUCUCCCCGCAGCCGCCGGAGGCAGGCAGCUGACCAAACUCGUCCCCGCCGAUGGGGGCAGCUACUCGCUGUUCGUCUCGCCGUCUGGUUCGACGAAGGCGGAUGACCCGCCGGCAUUGCUGGCGGUGGGUUUGCUGUCGGUGCUGGCAUCUGGGGUCGGCUCAGGCCCUGGCAUCGCCGGCGUGUCCUCGCUGUCGGCGUCGCCGUCGAUAUCGUCCGGGCUGAACCCCGCCACGCUGCUCCCGUUCUUGCAGGCCACGAAGUGGCUUCCUUGUAGUGAUAUCAUCACCGGUGCGUCGUCCCGCAGGUCGGUACGCCCUGCCGAUGUGUCGACCGCACCAUCCACACAUGUGCCUUCGCGUCGCCCUUCGCCUUCGUCUGUGCCCUCCCCUGCGGUGGCUGCCCCUUCGAAGGCGGGCAUGAUGGCCUUGCUUGGUAGCAGCGGUGCCGCGGCUGCCCCCGCCAAGAUGGGCGUCAAGGCAUUGUUUGGAAGCAGCGGUGCGGUGGCUGCCCCUUCCAAGGUGGGCAGCGUAGUAGCGCCGUUAGUUGGUAGUAGUGCAGUUGCUUCUGGUGCUGCUGGGGUGGUGAGGCAGAGCAGUGCUGCUCUUGGUGGUGCUGCUGGCGUGGUGAGGCAGAGCAGCGCUGCUCUUGGUGCUGCUGCAGGGGCGAGCAAGAGAACUAGCUGGCUGUCAAGGUGGGUGAACUCCUGCUCGGAUGAUGCAAAGACCGUCCUUGCUGCUGUGACUGUACCGCUGCUCCAUAAAUCCUCCCUAGCGGAGCCGAGGUCCAUCCCUUCGAAGUCGAUGUAUCCAACAUUUGAUGUUGGUGACCGGAUUCUAGCCGAGAGGGUUUCAUAUAUUUUCCGGGAGCCUCAAGUUUUGGACAUUGUGAUCUUCCGUGCACCUCUGGUCCUUCAGGCAUUGGGCUACAGCUCAAGUGAUGUGUUCAUCAAGAGAGUUGUGGCAAAGGGCGGGGACAUCGUUGAAGUAAGCUUUUAUCCGAAGGGUGUGACUGAUGGUCAAUUAUUAGUUAACGGAGUCGUCCAGGAUGAGGACUUUGUGCUCGAGCCACCUGAUUAUGAAAUGGACCCAGUGAGUGUGCCUGAAGGCUACGUGUUUGUGCUAGGUGACAACAGAAACAACAGCUUCGAUUCCCAUAACUGGGGACCGCUACCCGUGAAGAACAUUCUUGGGAGAUCUGUGCUUCGAUACUGGCCACCGUCGAAAAUAACAGAUACAAUCUACGACCACAUUGACCAUGAUGUGGUUCAUGGCAUGGCAGGCAUCUCCUGA